CUCAGCCCUGGGAGCCAUCCUCGCUGUGCUGGCCUCGCUCAUCAUCUCUGCCAACGCGCUGGUGGCCAUCACCCUCCUCUGCCUCAUCCAGAAGAGCGGCUCCAAGGGACUCUGUUUUGUCCUUAAUCUUGCCAUUGCAGAUGCCAUGGUUGGCUUCACGGUGGUGGGGCUGGUGGUGGAUGAAUUUUCUGAGCCCUUUUAUCCUCCUCAGAUCUUCUGCGUCCUGAGAAUGGCUUUUGUGACCUCCUCUUCUGCUGCCUCUAUCCUAUCCCUGAUUCUGGUUGCGUGCGACAGGCACUUGGCAAUCAGGAAACCUUUCCACUAUUUCCAGAUGGUGACCAGCCUGAGGGUUGGGGUACGCUUGGUGGGGCUCUGGUUGGUCUCUGCCAUCAUUGGCUUUCUCCCAGUCCUCACCCCUGGUUUUCAGAAGAUCUCCACCGAUGAGAAGUGCUCUUUCUUCGGUGUCUUCCACCCUGCCUACAUGGUCACUGUCUUCUGCGUCGGCUUCUUCCCAGCCCUCUUUCUCUUCAUUUAUCUCUACUGUGACAUGCUGAAAAUUGCCUCUGUGCAUGUGCAGCACAUCCGGGAAGUGGAACACGCUGGGCUGGCGGGGGGCUGCCCCCCAUCCCGUACCACCAGUGACAUGAAGGCCAUGAGCACCGUCGCCGUGCUCAUCGGGUGCUUCACUCUCUCCUGGUUGCCGUUCUUCAUCGCCAGCAUCGUGCAAACUGUCUGUCUGGAGUGUUUCCCUUACAAAGUCAUUGAGAACUAUCUCUGGCUGCUGGGACUGGGUAAUUCCCUCCUCAACCCCCUUCUCUACUCCUACUGGCAGAAGGAUGUGAGGCUCCAGCUCUCCCAGUUGGCUGCGGGUGUGAAGAGGAGAGUCUUCCUUCACCUGGGGAACCGUCACCAUUUCCCUGGCAGAGCCACCAAGUCUCUCCCCACCGUGUCCUGCCUGCAGCUCCAAGACUGA